UUUCCUUGUAGAGUUGCUAGUAGAAAAUACGUAUAAAUAGACCCAUACAUGGGGAGGAGAGUACAAACAAUAUUUAGCAAUACAAUCCUAAUAUUCUCAAAACUGAAGGACUCGUACGAAAUUCUCAAGGAUGGGAAGGCUAGAAAACAGUUUGACGAUCUGCUCCGAGCGAAACGUGACCGGACGACGAAACGGAAGUUUAGGAAUGAUGCGAAGCGGGAGAAGAUGAUGUCAGAUCUGGAAAGAGCGGAAAAGGAAGAAGAAGAGCGCAUCUGGAAGAAACUGCGGGAGGAAAUUGCAGAGUUUCGUGCGAAUCAUAAGAGGAAACAGGAAGAGGAGUUGGCUUCCAUGAAUGCUAAAAGACGCGCCGCCGCCUAUGCCGCCGCGUUGGAGGGAAGAGAACGAAGAUGGGCCGUGGAGGAGUCUUGAGAGGUUUCAGGCGCACGAAGAUUUAGUGUUGGAGAAUAUGAGAAGGGCUGCUGAGAGGCAAAAAAUGGCACAAAGAGGUAUUACUGGUAAUGGAAAUUGAAA